UGGUGCCACUAGUGGUCAUAGCUGACCAAGCCCUUCUUCGAACGGUAUAUCCUGUUUAGACUAUAGCCUGCCUAGCUGUCAAAAUCGAGAAAAAAUUGGGACAUUCUGUCAAUGUUCGGAGGGUAGUUGACAAAUCAACUAGUGGCGAGGAAUGCAUUAGUAGAGUAUAGCUAUACUGACGUAUUCUUUGAGAUACGUUUCCGGGAUUUUUUCACAUUCUAAAUGUCACAAAAAUGGAAAAUAUUGAAAAGAACGUGGUUCUUCUGUUGAAUGGAAAAGAUGCGGAAGAACCUCAAGAUUUCUGUGAUUUUACACUUGAAGAUCAAAAUGAAGCUGCCAUUUCUAAAGGUUUAGCACCUUCUGCACCUCCAGACUUUGUUCCAGUCUUGAGGCAAUCUGUGUGCUACGUGGUUAUGGCUGUUAUCAUAAAUGAGAAAAAUGAGAUCUUGAUGAUGCAGGAAGCAAAAAGUUCUUGUGCAGGGCAAUGGUAUCUGCCUGCUGGGAGAGUUGAACCUAAUGAGAGCAUAAUGGAUGCAUUUAAGAGAGAAGUCUUAGAAGAAACUGGUUUGACGGCUGAACCCUCAACUUUGUUAAUGGUGGAAUCAGCUGCUGGAUCCUGGUACCGGUUUGUUCUUGCUGGAAAUGUGACAGGUGGCUCAAUUAAACAACCCUCACAAGCAGAUUCUGAAUCUUUGCAAGCCAAAUGGGUUCAGAAUUUAGCUGACUUAAGCCUAAGAGCAGGCGAUAUCUUAUCUAUUGUUGAACAUGCAAGAUCCUUUAAAGUCCACCUUGAUACCCAUCAAGCGUUCCAUCCUUCCCUCCUUCCUACUCCGCGGUCAUACACAAAGUUAUUUUUAAGAUUGAUCAUUUGUGCCCGAAGAAAAACAAAUAAUAAGGUACACGUUCUAGUAUCGGAAAAGACAGCUGCGCAUCUGCCAGUAUGCGAAAUUCAUCCUGGACGAAGUUUACACGCAAUCCUUAAGAAAUUUAUGACGGAAAUGUUUGGUGCCGACUUACCCUCGCACAGGCCACAUGGAGUAUUAGCUUUGGGUCAUCAUUGUCAGCAACGACCAAAAAUCACGGAUGGCCUGUGUCUUACUUUGUUAGUUUCUGUCCGACUUCCGUUGGAAGAAGUUGGACUGAUUGAUAAAUAUUCCUGGUUUCAAGUGAAUUUGGAAGUGGCUGGUACCCUUCUGUCACGAAUGGGGAAAUUCCGCACUGUUCCCCUCAACGUCGUACGGUAAGCAUCCGGACUUCAGAAUCUGAUGCCUGAAUCUACUUCAAGAUCUUCCAACAUUUGUUAAUGUAUUGGCACACUAACCAUAGAGAUAAGAAGAAUAAUCCAAUAUUUGAAUAUAUUUAUUUUAUUGUUAUCGGCGAGACACAUUUUAAUGUUCUUACCAUUAUUCCGUCCAUUGGAAUGCACACAUUCUGUUUGUUUUUAUUCCAUGUAGUAUGACUUACAUUUACUGAUGAAUGUGAAAAUACACCAUUUGUUAUCUUCCUUCUAA